AUGUCUUGUUGGCUCUGCCCAAAUCUGCAUUCGAUUGACGGAGACGAUCACGUGAACGACCGAUUGUUUCACGUUGACUGGCGAGCUAGAAAACCCUACAGUAGUUUCAAUGUUUCCAAUUUUGCUUUGAAUCUUCUAUGGGUUGUAUUCGAUAGGCAAGUUCUUGCGACGAACCAUACCGUCUCCUUGGAACCAUUCACGACGGAAUUGCUUGGCAGCUCCAUCUGGAGUGUUGGUCCAUUCGACAGUGAUACGGUCGUUGUUGGUGUCCUCCUGUCCAAAGGCGAAAGCGUCGCAAGAGACGGCGAGAAGAACAGCCUCCUUUGGGUCGAGGACUCCACAUGGUGGGUCGACUCCGAGUCUCUUCAUGUUGGUGGUCUUGAUACCGUAUCCAAUACGACGAGCAGACGAGUUGAUCACCUUGAUGUGGUAGGUGUGCUUGUCAUCGUAUGGGGCGUUGAAGACGAUCUUGGUUCCUGGUUGGGUCUGGAUGUCUCCUGGUGGGACGGAUUGAGCCAUGGCGUUGGAUUGAGUGUUGAUACUCGAUGUUCUAUUAAAGAUAUCACUCAUGAACAAAAUAUCAACUCUGAAAUGCCGCGAAGAAACAUUAAGAGAGGUUGGAGUAGAUGUUUCUCUCGCAUUUCUGGAAAUUGCUAUGGAAAGAAAGAGCAACGAUAG